CUAACUAACGCGUUACUGACAACACUGCCCAUCUUUUAUUCUCAAGUGUCUGACAGUGGGACAUAAAAUCUCACGUUAUUACGCGAUUGCGCCUGAAUUCAUGCAUUCUCGUGAGAGCCCUCGUGAUUUCCUCUGUCUGAUUGCUGCAGACAUUCGUAGCGCAAACGCAACCGGUAGAAGUUGACCUGAGAAGUUUUCGUACUCAUCACGCAACCGUGUCACAGCCGCAGGAAUUUGGGGUUAGUUUCUCUGCCAAUGACUUGGUAAAAAGUUUGGCUUAAGAUUCAUUGCCACUUUCAAGCAAGAUUUGAUUAAGAUCCAAUGUUACUUUCAAGCACUUGCUGGAUUACACAUCUUGAAAACAUCAAAGACAAAAGGCAAGCAGAGAUGCAUUGUUUUAUUGGAUGCACGGAUAAGAAUGAACUAGAUUGAGCAUUUUAUUACUGAUGAAGUGUUGCAUCUACAAGGGAAUGUUAAAUACUUUGUUAUGAACGGUUGAGUGUGCUUCAACAAUUGCAUUAUUUAUUUUACUUAUUUGCUCCCAAAAACGUAGAAAUAUGUUCUAUUUUUAAUUGUUUCAGUGUCCCAAAAACGUAUUUAUACGUCUUUUACGUUUUUUUUUUGUUUUUUUUUACAACAGGCAUUUCGAGGUUCUGUUGCACCUAAACUGCAAUGCACAACGCUCAAAACUCAUUUUAAAGCAAUAAAACUGGACACUGGAGGGCAGUAGCGCAUUUUGUAAGAACUCAUCUUGGGCUAAGAAAGAAAGUGAAGAAAAAUAUUCAGGAAACGGAAGCUGGAGGGAUCUUGUGAAGACGCGUGAGAAUUUGAGAAAAAUGUGUAGAAAAAAAAGGAAAACAACUUAUUGAUGUUGGCCAGGCAAAGAAAACAAUCAGGAAUUGGAGAAAUGGUGUUGUGGGAUUGAGCAGGUCAAGCUGAGCAGGAUGAUUAGUUUGGAGACUUGUGUCAUCAUCAGUCGACAUGCAGGAGUGUGCUGAGUCGCUGAUGAAUUGACACUGAAUGCUAAGAGGCCGUGCCUAAAUGCACAACUGGUAACUUUCAUGUUUUUGUUCUCAGUUGUUCUUUGUGACAUGUUUGUGUUCUCAGUUGUUCUUUGUGACGCAUGGAAGAGCACACAGUCUUUGUGAUGCAUGAGUGUGAUGGAAUAUGCUGAUAAUUAGAAGAGAAGGGCCAGGCACAGGACAGAACCCCCCUCGUAUCCUCGCGAGGCUCACCGGGGUUGCUGGAGCCUAUCCCACCCAGCUAAUUAUGGGAGGACCUGAAAGGCAAGGCGUGAAUGACGGAACCUACAAGGUCCAGCUGAGUAGCACCACUGGAUCACAGCAUCACACCAUGUCUGAAUCGAACACCAUUGCUGCUUCCACUGCAGACCAGAAUGGAGCAGUUCCAGGUGAGCCAGUGAAGAAGGAUGAAAAUUCUCGGAGAGGGAACUGGGGAAACCAAAUUGAGUUUGUCCUCACGAGUGUUGGCUAUGCUGUGGGCCUGGGUAAUGUUUGGAGGUUUCCAUACCUCUGCUACAGAAAUGGAGGAGGUGCCUUCAUGCUACCGUACUUUAUCAUGUUGGUGUUCUGUGGCAUUCCACUCUUCUUCCUUGAGUUGUCCUUUGGGCAGUUUGCCAGCCAGGGGUGUCUGGGAGUCUGGAAGAUUAGUCCAAUGUUCAAAGGUGUGGGCUAUGGCAUGAUGGUGGUGUCCACCUACAUCGGAAUCUAUUACAAUGUGGUUAUUUGCAUUGCCUUCUACUAUUUUUUUACAUCUAUGACAAAUUUAUUGCCAUGGACGUACUGCGACAACCCCUGGAAUACACCUGAUUGCAGUGGAGUUGUGUCUCAAAGCAACAACAGCAUGGCUAAUGCCACCCGCAGCAUGGUGGAUGGUGUCAAUGAGUUUGUGAACCGGACCAAAAGAACCAGCCCCAGUGAGGAAUACUGGAAACAUUAUGUAUUAAAUAUUUCUGAUGACAUUGGGAACUUCGGAGAAGUGCGCCUACCCAUCCUGGGAUGUCUGGCUGUAUCCUGGGUAGUCGUCUUCCUCUGCCUCAUCAGGGGUGUCAAAUCCUCUGGAAAGGUGGUUUACUUUACAGCCACAUUUCCAUAUGUUGUAUUGACCAUCCUGUUCAUCCGUGGGAUUACACUGGAUGGUGCCAUCAAUGGCAUCAUGUAUUACUUGACUCCUCAAUGGCAGAAGGUCCUCGAUGCAAAGGUGUGGGGGGAUGCUGCUUCACAGAUUUUCUACUCGCUGGGAUGUGCUUGGGGUGGUCUUAUCACUAUGGCUUCCUAUAACAAAUUCCACAACAAUUGUUUCAGAGACAGUAUCAUCAUCAGCAUAACCAACUGUGCAACCAGUGUCUAUGCUGGCUUUGUAAUUUUCUCCAUCCUGGGCUUCAUGGCACACCACCUCAACGUGCCUGUGUCAGAGGUAGCAGACCAUGGCCCAGGACUGGCAUUUGUAGCAUACCCGGAAGCCCUGACUCUGCUUCCCAUUUCUCCACUGUGGUCACUGCUCUUCUUCUUCAUGUUAAUCCUUCUAGGACUGGGAACUCAGUUCUGUUUGUUGGAGACGCUGGUGACAGCCAUUGUUGAUGAGAUAGGCACUGACUGGAUCAUCAGGAAUAAAACUGUAGUUACACUGUGUGUGGCUAUUGCUGGAUUCCUCCUAGGAGUUCCACUAACAACCCAGGCAGGAAUCUACUGGUUGCUACUGAUGGAUAACUAUGCUGCAAGUUUCUCUCUGGUUAUCAUCUCCUGCAUCAUGUGUGUCUGUGUCAUGUAUAUUUAUGGUCACAAUAACUACUUUAAAGAUGUUGAGAUGAUGUUAGGGUUCCCACCACCUCUCUUCUUCAAAGUCUGCUGGAGGUUCAUCUCCCCUGUCAUUAUCUCUUUCAUCCUGAUCUUCACAGUUAUCCAGUACAAGCCUAUCACCUAUAAUGACUAUGUGUAUCCUGGUUGGUCUCUGGCUAUUGGCUUCUCAAUGGCACUGUCCUCAGUGAUCUGCAUUCCCAUAUAUGCCCUCUACAAGAUCUCAAGGUCCCCCGGAGCCACCUUCAGAGAGCGGUUGAAGCAUGCCUGUCAGGCGCAUCCCAAGUGGGGCCCGGCUCUAAGAGAGCACCGCACAGGCCGUUACGCCCCCACAGCAUCUGAAGACAGUGCAGAGGCUCGUCCAUUCAAGGAAAAGGAAGAGCUCAAAGAAGAGCUGAGGGAGGAGGAGAAUGAGAGGAAGGGUGACAUCAGCCUCACCAUCCAGGGAAGCAAUGGCUCCACCAACACACACAACAACCCAAAUCCAAGUGCAUAGAUGGCAUCCCACUCUGUCACCCACAACUGAUGCCAUCUCCCCUUUCUCCUCUUUCCUCCGUUCUCCACUAUCCACACCACACUUUCCCACAGUCCUCUGUGGGGAACAUCCCUUUUUGCUGGAGACCUUUACAUAUUGUAAAGGCUUAUUUUAUCCAUUCCAUCCUCCGAUAGCUACCUGUGUGUUAUCUUUAAGGAAAAAAAACAAACAAACAAGGCACAAAGAACGAAAGAAAGAAUAAAUUGGGUCACUGUCAAAAAGAAGUUUGUAUGUUUGCGUGUGUGUGCGUGUUGUUAAUGUGUUGCACAUAAUUUAAAUAAUUCAGUUCCUUUUCCGUAAAUGUGUUUGUAAAAUGUACCUGUGUAUGCUGUGUUCAUAUGCAGUUGAAGCUAUGGCGGAUUGUAAGGCUGGUUGUGUUGGGCUUGCUACAGCAUAUAGACACCCACUGGUCAUCUUCUUAUGGACCUGCUGAUUCAGAUUUACUGUAUACAGUAUACAGCUAGAUAUGAAAAAACACUAAUUUACACUGGAGCAUUCAUUAUACACCUUUUACAAUGCAGUGACCUCACACAGAGUGGACCAGUUUGUUGAUUUUCUAUUUUUAGCUCAUUUUAAUGACAAUUAAAUACUGACAACAAACUGAAGCUUUCAGUUUGGUGAUUGACGGAAAGGUUUUAUUUUGUUUCUUUGAAAACUUCCCACUUUCUUACACAUAGGCACAGAUUAUAGCACACAGUACUUCCACCUACAGGUACAUUUUAAAUUUUGAUUUUAAAAAAGAUAUGUAACUUGGUUUUCUCAGUUCACAAGUAAACUGUUCUUUGCCUGGGGAGACCGUGUAUUUGGUAAUUAAUUGAGAAAUAUGUUUCAGUCUUCCGUAUAUCAGUAUACAGACGCCCACAUUUUGGAUUUGCCGUGUACAGUAUUAAGUAUUCAGAAGUAACAUCUCUUUCUUUUGUCUUCCAGUAAUCCUUUUUGUGUGAAAUACAAUUUUGUGAUGUGCAUGGGUGAGAAUCCUGAGCGGAGGAGGUUGCCAGUGAAGGCAUCAUUGGGUUAUAUCUUGUCUUAUGUUGCGUGGUUGUAGCUGUCCACCCCAUGUGGUGUGCUCAGUGUUCAGGUCUGCGCGACUUUAUCAUGUUCUGAGGCUGUGAUGUGAUCUUUCAAGCAAAAAAAAAAAAAAAUGGCAGCUUGUUUCCAGAACAGCACCGAAUUGAAAUUUUUAUCAUAAAUGUGAAAUGUAGUUAUAUAGUUUUGUACUAGAAGUAUCAUUUAAUCAUCUCACUAUUGUCAUAGUGUAGUCAUUCAUUCAGACAGUUGUUUAUUUUGUACAAAAAGAAAAAAUUGAAUCAGAAUGGUAAAUAUUCAUGCUGACCUGUUCAUUCAGAUUCAUUUCGGGACAUUGUCAGAGAGAAUUAGUUGGUUUUAAAAGUAAAUGUAUGGUUUGUCCUGUAACAAUUAAAAAAAAAAAAAAAAAAAAAAAAAAACUAAAAUCAGCAGUUCAAUAAGUGUGUGUCACAUGGUUGUUUUGUAUUUUCAUCUUGAGUGUGUUUCUUUGGACACCUUAAAGUCCAGAGAUGUAAUUUUAACUACUUUCAUUUGUAAAUAUGAUAAUGAAUUGCCCUUGUUCAAUUUCAGAGCCAUAAUGGUUUUGCAAGAAGGUGCGGUUUCAUAUACAAUAGUGUAUACAGUGCAUUGCUAUCUAAAAAGAGAUUUUAAUGCAAUAGCUUAUAUUGUUUAUUCAUUUACAUUUAAAUGAUGCCAAUUUGAGUGCCCAGUCAAUACUUAUAAAGUAGCAGUAAAAACGAAUGCCUCAACAUAUUAGCACAUUUAUUUGACCCAUUGGGGUCAUAUGAUUCAUUUGCUAAUGAAAAUCAUAAUCUUCCAAUGUCAGUAUUCUUGUGUGCUUGAAAGAUAAUGGAAAACUUAAAAGCACAUACUAGUGCAAUAGUUUGUAUUGUUUUUUUGGUUCUUUUUUCAUGUGCGUUGAACGGUAUCAAUUUUAGUCCCAAGUCAAUACUUUUAAAUUAGCAAUGGUAAUGUAUGCCUCAACAUUUUAUCACAUUUAUUUGACCCCAUCGGGCAAUCUCUUUCAUUUGCUAAUGAAAAUUAUUUUCUUUCAGAAUCUGCAUUAUUUUCUUCCAGAAUCUGUAUACACUAGUACUUGUGUGCUUGCAAGAUAAUGAAUUCAACAGUGCAGUUACUCCUUUUAACCACAAGAUGGUCUAUGUUGACACGCAUAGCAAUGAAAGCACAAUAACGGUCCCAAUGUGGCCUGAGAUCAAACAAGCACACUUCUGUUUCUUGCUUGGUUUUGUAAACAGGCAAAAAAAAUGAAAGCCACACUAUUCCUACUAAUAUUAAGAGAGAUGCCUUUAUUUAAUUACUCCCAGUUGAUUCUUCAAAAUCAAGUGCUCUGUGAAACAUUUUUUUGUGGAAAUGUAGUACUUCUUCUCAUUACAUAUUUUAUUUUUCCAGUCUGGUCAAUUAUUUAGGCUUUUUUUUUUUUUUGUUAGACGUAAACAUAUCAGCUUGUCCUAUUUUGCUCUAUAUACACCUCACUGCUGGCUCACACUCUUCUGACCUUUGUACAGAAAUGUAAAAAUUAUAUAAACGUGUCUGUUUAUAUUUUGUUGUGAUGGGCGAGUUUAUUUCUUUUUGGAUUUGUCAGUAGUUGUUUAAUGUAGAAGAUGUCAUGUGUAUUGUGUACUGCAUGUAGUGGAUUAGCUUUUACUGCUGAUUCUACAUGUAGAGCGGAUAUAGUGGUAGUGUUAAUGUACCUCUAAUCUUGUUCUGUAAUCAAUCAAAGCCCAUCAUUUAAAACAAUUUUGAACUAAGAGAUGAUAAAGAAAACAAAGUAUUUUAUCUUCGGAUUUUGGUAAUUGUUUAUCUGUGUUCCAUGACACUACUUUUUAUUACUACUGUUUAUUUUUGAAAAGUAUAUUCUCAGAAAACAAUAUGAUUAUAGCCAGUUGAUAUUCUAUGAGUAUUGCCAAACAAAAAGCUUUGGAUUGAAACUUGAAUUACAGAAGAAUGGUCAGUUUUUACAGUCAGUGUGAGCUCGGGUAUGGACAGUGGUUGCAGCAACAUAACUUUUGUUAGUUUUCUCUUUAUUAGUAGUAUUUUUUGUAAUUUAUUUCUAGUACUGGUAAUUGCUCAAUACUGACAGUGACCACUGACUGUCACAACAAUUGCAAACCUUCAACAUGUUAAAACCUGAGCAAAACAAACACCAAAUAAUAAUAAUCAUAUUACUACCAAGUAUAACAGUAAUAAUUGAUAGAUGAGGAAAGAUUCCACAGCUUUCAGGACCAAUUUUUCAUUUCGCAGUCUGUGGUAUUUUCUGCAUGAGGUAUAUAUAAAAUGGUUGAAUUUAUUAUCUUUUAAUAUGGGGGAAAAAAGCGCAUUAAGGUGCGGAAAGUUGCUAAUAUUGUACAAAAAUACUGCCCUGUUUGCAACGUUGUCUUUUAAAUUUACCACUAAUACAAUGUUCAUCUCUUGUAAUUUUAAAUAUUUCUUUUUUUUACAAGCAAUAGGAAGAAUUGUGUUUUGUUUAUAAUAGCACAUUUCCAUGAUGGAGAAAAAAAACAUCCUCUGGUCCUACUGAAAGAAAAGGUCCAAGUGUGUUUUAUGAACUGGUGUUUUGUUACCAUGUGUAAAAUAAAAUCACAUGGUAGGAUUCAAGAGGAAAUGCACAGGCAAAAAGAGCACAGCUCUACUGGUACCUUUUCUCAUAUCGCUCUCUAACUACAUCUGUUCUUCUUGUUCUUCAACCUUUAGGGCCAAAAUACAAUGAAAUGUCUUAGUCCUGUCAGCUGUAUAUUGUAAAACUGUUAAAUUACAUUGAUAAAUAAAAAUCUAUUUUAAAGAUCAGAA